UUCUACCUAUUGAUUAGUUGUCACUUGACUGUACGAACUUCACAUCGUUAGAUUUUUUUCUUUUCAAAAGGGACAUCAUCUUCAUUUUAUUUUGAUUCACAAAAAUGAGAUCACGGAACAUAAAUGUAUGAAAAAUGACGAAUGAAAGUGAGACAUCCAAUUCAGUGCCGCAGUUGAACAAUGUAACGAUGAAUCCUGAACAUAGUCAAGAGACGGAUGCUGAUUACUAUGCUUUGAAAAAAUGGGAACUAGGAUUUCUAAGAAGAGAAUGUGUAAAUCUGGGUUUGGAAGCAUUCUAUAACAAAUACAUGGCUAGAGUGCAACGAAGCUAUUUAUCAAUUUUUGUGGUUCUUCAAACGUUUGUUAGUGUUGCCCACGUCAUAGUGAUAGUAACAGGAGAACAGCAUCCAACAGCUGCUAUUCAUCCUGACCUAAUUUGUUAUACAUUUGGAAGUUUGAUUGUAUGGAUUUCUUUAUUCGCUGCCUUUAAAGAAGGUUUAGUAAAAGCUUUUCCAUGGGUUCCGUAUGUGACUUCCAGUGCUGCAAUUUUUACACUUAUAAUUACAGAUCUGAUGAUUCCUUUAUACCAUGCAGUAGUUUCCUACGUAAAUCCACCUCUCAGGCCUUCAUACGCGAGCCAUAUUAUUUUUGCUAUUUACAUAUUUCUACCAUUGAGCGAAAAUUUGCACGUCAUAAUUUUAGGAAGUGCUACAACUAUUUGUUACCUGAUUAUCAUGACAAUGAUAACAUACAGAUUGGAAGCAGAUAAAUUUAUCAAAGUCAUGACUGAGUUGGUAUACUUUCUUUGUUUGAAUUUAUUUGGACUAUAUUUUCGAUUGAUAAAUGAAGCAGCAAUUAGACGAACAUUUCUGGAUCGAAGAGAACUUGUGGAAGGAAAUCUUCUUUUGAAAUUUGCCAGAAAUCAAGAGAAAGAACUGCUGCUAAGCAUUUUGCCGGAGCAUACUGCUGAGCUCAUGGAAAAAGAUAUACGCUCCAUGAUACAAAAAUUACGAACUAAUCAUCAUGACACAAUUAACACUCAAAGUUUCUUCAGAACUGGAACUCAAUGGAGAUCUAUAAACAAACUAUACGUACAAAAGCACACAAAUGUGACAAUUUUAUAUGCCGAUGUUGUAAAUUACACUUACAUUACAACACAAUUACCCGUUCGCACGCUAGUAGAUGUAUUGCAUGAAUUGUUUGUCAAAUUUGAUGAAGCAGCUAAAGAAUUUAACGUACUGAGAAUUAAAUUUCUGGGGGAUUGUUACUAUUGCGUAUCGGGUGUUCCAAUCAAAAAUAAACAUCAUGCCAAAAGUUGCGUUGAUCUUGGUUUGCGUAUGAUCAAAGAUAUACGGGAUGUACGUAUGUCCAGAGAUUUAAACAUUGAUAUGAGGAUAGGUAUACAUUCUGGAAGUAUUAUAUCUGGUGUCAUAGGAGCUUGCAAGUGGCAGUUUGAUAUAUGGUCAAGAGAUGUUAUUAUUGCAAAUAAAAUGGAAUCAACAGGAGAAUCGGGAAAGGUACAUGUAACUAUGCAAACACUUGAAUUAUUAGAUGGCGAAUACAUUUACGAAGAUGGAACUGAAAAGGCAAGGUUGGAUCCCGUACUUGUAAAACACAACAUUCAAACUUAUUUGAUUGUUCCACAAUUCUUUGAAGAAAAUAAUUACUUCAUGACGCCAGAUGGAUCGUCUAGCAGCCGUUUGUCUGUUGGCGUAAAACGAAAAACUAUUAACAACAAGAAAGAACGAAGUUUGAUAUCAAGAAACUUUAUGCAAAAUUCAAUGGAGCAAUUCCGGGAAAUCAUGAAACAAACUAAUGUUGAAAUGGCGCAUGAACUAGAUCGAAUGCCAAUCGGAAAAUUUCAAUUCAACAAAAUAUUUUCAACAUCUCAAGUAACUCCAACUACUACAACUGCUUCAUCAUAUUGCAAUGCUUACAAGAGAAAUGAUGUAGACAGUGACCACCGGUUGGAUAAUCUCUCGCCUUUUUUCAUGUGUUUUGAGAAUAAGCGUUGGGAAUGGCCUUUCAUGAAAGAACCAGACCUUAUGCUUAAAUAUAGUAUACUGAUGAGUUUUAUAGUGUUUAUUUGCAUUUUCACUGUUCAAUUGCUGAACUAUGCGUCCGGAUACUAUUUUUGGUCAAUGAUGCUAGUAUCAGGAGUAAUACUUCUUGUAGCAAUACCAAUCACGUGGUUCAAAAAACUAUGGGAUGUGUACACUCCAUACUCGUCAGAAGAUUUAUUGAAAGUUCGAAGACCACAACAUGCAAUUUUGCGAAUGCUGUAUAAUUUUUCUGACAAAAUAAUGGAAAGUUUCACCAGUAGAACCAUAAUUUAUGUUACAAUAAUUUUACUUCUAGUCACUUGCUCGUUAAUUUAUUUAAUUGAAUGCAACUAUGACCUGAACAGUGAAACAAAUUCAUCUAUGUUGAACGUUACACAAUCAACAAUAAUAGCUAGAAAGUACUGUAUGAAUUCAUGGUCCGUUACCCAGUGCCUUACACUAGCGAUCGGGAUGGUAUUUCUUUUUCUAAGAAUUCAUUUUAUUCUUAAAGCAUUCUGUGGCAUAAUGAUUCUUCUGUUCUAUGCUUGGGUAAUUUUUUAUGAAUUACAUUACAUUUAUGACAAUAGUGCAAGCAUGAACCCUGGAAUGAAUCCAAAAGUGGCUCAUUUAAUGCUAAUAAUAUUCACUGUAAUAAUUUUCCAUUGGAUUGAUCGUCAAUCUGAGUACAUCGCAAGAGUUGAUUACAAUUGGAAGCGUCAACUUUUGAAGCAAAAAGAAGAAGCUGAAAUUACAAAGCAAACCAACAAAAUAUUGGUUGAAAACAUCCUUCCAACACAUGUUGCUGAAAUCUACAUCAACAGACAACUCAAAAAUGAAUUUUACAAUGAAGAGUACAAAAACGUUGCUGUUAUGUUCGCUACAAUAACAAAUAUGGAAAUUAACACAGAUAUUUCUGUGGAGAAUGAAAAAAGUGUACUGAAGGUUUUAAACGAAAUAAUAUGCGAUUUCGAUGAAAAACUUCAGUACUUUGAUGGAUAUUUGAAAGUAGAAAAAAUCAAAGUUGCUGGUUGGACAUACAUGGCUGCAUGCGGUCUCGAUCCAGGACGGUGUGACUCUUCUUCGUCCCUUGGGCCAUUUCGGUCGGUAUCUGGUAUAACGCGUACAUCUUUGAUGACUAAUGGACGAAGAAGCCUUAAUCCUAGAUCAUCAGAAAUUCUCAAUCAGCAACCCAGCAGAACAAGUUUAUGUACCAGACAAAGUAAUAAUGUAACUAUUGUAUUGACUGAGUUUGCACUUGAGCUAAUGAAGGUAUUAAGAGACUUUAGCAAUGAAAAUUUUAAGCAAAACAGUCCUGGAUUACUGCGCGUAGGAAUUUCAAAUGGAAAAGUUAUGGCAGGAGUAGUUGGAUCCAGUAAGCCAUUGUAUGAUAUUUGGGGCAAUGCCGUAAAUAUGGCUUCAAGAAUGGAUUCUACUGGAAUACCUGGUCGAAUUCAAGUAACAAAGCAAAGCGCUGAAACUUUACAGGCGUAUGGAUAUCAAUGUGAAUAUAGAGGACAAAUUUUUGUUAAAGGAAGGGGUAAAAUUCCAACGUAUUUUGUAAAUGUUAACGAUAAUUAUGAGCUAUUGAAAAGCGUUGAUUCUAGCGACAUUUCAACUAAAUUGUAG